AUGACAUAUUACCUGGAAUGCCCAUCAAGAAACCUGCUGCUUAUGCCAGUGGAGCCGUUUGAACCAAACAAAUCAUGUUAUGUUUGCUCUGAGAGUCCGGUAUUGCUUGAAAUAAAUACAAACCGCUCAAAGUUGAAGGACGUUGUUGAAAAGAUCAUCAAGGCUAAGCUUAGGAUGAACCUUCCACUUAUUAUGAAUGCUUCAAACCUUCUCUAUGAGGCCGGUGAUAUUGAGGACGACAUGGUUGCAAUUUAUGAUGCCAAUCUUGAAAAGGUCCUAGCUGAUUUUCCUUCUCCUGUAACUGGUGGUACAAUGCUUAUAGUGGAGGAUUUUCAACAGAAAUUGAAAUGUGAUAUCAAUAUAAAACACAGAGAGGAAUUUGAUGAAGAGAAAGAACCUGAUGGAAUGGUUCUCUCAGGAUGGACAACAACCGCAGAAACAACGACCUUCACUGAUUGUGCUGGAUGCCUUUUGACAUUUACAAAUGGACGGUUCAAUAGUGAUGUGAGCCUUAAUGCAAUUGCAUUUCUUCGUUUCUGUGCAGUCAGACUUACUGAUGGAGGACUUGUAUGCAAUAAGAAGAGCAGUAUUGAUGGCUCGUCACCAUGA